AUGAAAAUUUAUAGUGAUGACGAUGACAUAUAUUGUCCAUCAUCUGCGCGAGCACUACUUAAUGAUUGGUUUGAUGAUGACGACAAUGAAAUUUUUAGUGAUCAUGAUGAUAUAGAGUAUUGUCACCCACCUGUCCAAGUAUUGGAUGAUCCAUUUGAGGGUGAGGAAGAUUUAAGGGUUGAUAUAAGCUUUUUUCGUCGUCCACUUAAUGUUGCUGCAUUUGAUUUCGUAAAUACUGGAAUGGGUGGAUGA